AUGUCUGGCAGUCCACGCUCCUCGACGAGCGCGGAAUCCCUCAGUUCUGGUCGACGUUCCCCCAUUGGCGGCUUCGACUCGUCCGCGGCGCUCAUCCUCGAGCCAGACGUCGAGGACACUACCGAAAGCCACCCGUUCGACUUCACCAGCGACGAUGAGACCGACGACGAUCUCACGGAACAGACAGACCGCUUGUUGUCUUCCUCGGUGCCCCCGCUGUCCUCUCUCACCGUCUUCCUGUACCUCCUUUCACCGUUCCUGAAGCUCGGAGCGUUCCUCGUGCCCGAUGCAGGCCUCCCGUUGAGAUAUGGCAUCCCUGUCCUGCUGUUCUUCGCCGGCCUGUCCGCCUUGACUCGUCAGAUUUGGUACAUGCUUGCCCGAUACGUUCGCCGUGCGGACCUGGAGGAGAUCGUACUGCAGACGUUUGCUCGCGAUAGGCGGAAGGAGGGUACACGUUGGCUAUUGCGCCAGCUUGUACGAUUCGGUGUAGGACUUCUGCGAGUCUUGAUAGCUGCACUGUACUUGAGAGCUGCGGUGGAUGUCCUCUUACCUCUUGUACCUGCGACCUUGGUCAUCCCGCCCAGGGUUUUACUGACCAUCAUCCUGGCGGCCGUGAUUUGUCCUAUAUGCUUUGCACCAUCUCUGGGAGCUACUAGCGUUCUGUACGCUUCGUGGAUAUCUGUAACCGCUUAUGCUGCGUGGUUUGCGUGUACGGCGUAUGCACAUGCAAAGGGGAUGCUCGUGGUUAACCCGGGUUCAGCGUCAUUGGGAAUACUCUGGGAAGGAUCGUCAAUUAUUGCCUUUGCGUUCUCCACAUCUUCAACCAUUCCGUUGUAUGCUGCCCUGAAGGGCACAAUCCAAGCUGCACAAGAUCGGCCGAGACGGUCGCAGUCCUUCAAGCUUCUAUCCGUGCUGUCCAUAGGGUUAGCUGCACUCUGUAUUUUUCCACUCGUAUUUUUCCAAUCUCCUGCCAAUUCUCCGACGCUUCCCACGGCGACACUCAAGAUUCUUACUGCGCUUUCUAACGCCGUAGCGCUUGCACUAUCCUUACCGGCCGUAUUGAUUUCCUCCCCACCUCUCCCUAUUCCAUUCUCAAUUCGCCACGCGACAAAUUUCCCUCUUUCUAGGUCGUUGUUGUAUGCCAUUAUUCUUUGUUUAUCUCUGCUCCCACGUUCCCUGUCGGGUGUCCUAAGUGACUUUUUGCUUGUGCUGGCGUUCCUGAGCACAUACAUGUUACCUGCAUUCAUCCACAUCACAUUGCACAAUUUUCGGGAACCCCUCUCAAUCAUCAUCCCCCCGAGUACGCCAGUGACGGCGGCUUCCCCCUUCACCCCCGAACCGAGCUCUGCCAUGAGUGACUCGCGACACGACGAGCUGCUGCAGCGCAAGGAACGCACCUUACAGCGGCGUAGGCUGGGCAAGCGCAUCAUCUGGGACCUCGGAGUCUGGCUGUUACUGGUUCCCGUUAGCGGCGGAGGCCUUGUAUGGGCUGCUGGCAGAAUUGUUGGGAAGUUCUAG